AUGGAUGGAUAUGAAGACUGUCCAAAUAACUAUGAUGAACGCUAUGAAAAAACAUGUGAUUUAAAUAUGAAACAUCGUUAUAAAUGUUCAAAUAUCAACCAGUGUAUUCCACGAAUAAUGUUAAAUGAUAAUGUGCAACAGUGUUUGGAUGGAGGUUCAGACGAAUAUUCGUACGAAAUAUGCUAUAAUUCAAAUAGUUUGCAAUGUGAAUAUUUACGUUAUGACAAUGCUCUAUCAACAAUAACGAAGAAUAGUAAUAUUGUGUUUCAACAAAUUUGUAACGGCAUGCGUGAUCCGUUUUAUGUAAAUGAAACAGAUGAAACAGAUUGCGAUUUAUGGCCAUGUGUAACAGAAUACACAAUAUGUGAUACAUAUUGGAAUUGUAAAACUGGCAUUGAUGAACUAAACUGUAAUUAUGGUGAAGAGGGUACUUCCGAAUUUUUUUCAGUACAAUAUGCCAAAGGUCAUAAUUGUCCGGAUCAAACACAAUACUGUGUUAAAAUAGAUUAUAAAAAUUAUUCAAGAAUAAAUAAUAUGACUUGCAUAUCGAUUACCGAAGUUAAUAACAAUCAUAUUGAUUGUCUAGGUGCCAGUGAUGAAAGAGAUUAUUGUCGUAGAGCAUAUCCAAAUGAACGUACUUUACGAUACAAAUGUUUGAAUAGUACAAAAUGUAUAAGCCCAACGCAACUCUGUGAUUGUAAGAAAAACUGUGAUCUUGGUGAUGAUGAAACACAUGUUUGUCCUUGGCUCACAUCUUAUAAAUGCGACAGUACGUUUUUUACUUGUAGCAAUGGAUAUCAAUCAAAAAGACAGUAUCAUUGUAAUGGGUGGAAUGAAUGUGGUUGGGAAUUUAACUUAAUUCAUGGUGGAAAUGAUGAAAUAUUUUGUGAUUUGAUUGAAAAACCUAAAUUUAAAUAUUUAUCAAUCAAUAAUUUUGAUGUAUAUCCUGCUAAUGCAUCUUCGUCGUUGUUAAUUAUUACGUCUUAUCAAAAUAAACAACAGAAUUAUUUGCCUGCACAAAAGCAACAGAUUGCUGUGACAGAUGUUAGAAUUGAUGUCAAAAGAUCAUUCUACUGUAAUUAUGGUUUCUUAAUUCGAACAAAUCAAAACGAAUUAAAAUGUUUAUGUUCACCAAACUACUAUGCAACAGAUCUUGGUGGCAAUAAUAUAUACAAAAUACUUGUAACAUUAAUUGACAAUGAAACAGAUGUCAUUGUAUCGUAUGAACAAUUAACAUUUAUACCGAUACGAAAUUGUAUGCAAAAGUAUGUUUUUUAUCUAUUAUCAAAAGUAAUUAACAGAAAUUAUUAUGUACGAAUCCAUGCGUAUGAUUUGUAUCGAAAUCAAAUUGAAUACCGAGCAUCAUGGUACUACGAUAUCAAAUUUAAUUUUUUACCUGUAAAUCGAUUGACAAUAAAAGUAUACAUCCCGGUUAAACCUUCUAUUAGUCUUUUAUGCACACAAUGUAAUAAACAUGGCCAAUGUAAACAAUAUGUCAAUAAUAAUCAAUCAAUAUUCUGUUUGUGUGAUCCAGGUUGGACCGGUAAAUAUUGUGAUAUAAAAUAUAAAUGUAAAUGUUCGAUUGAAUCAUUAUGUAUUAAUAACGAAAUAUGUAUUUGUCCGGAAAAUAAAAUGGGCUCAUUAUGUUAUAUUCCGUAUUCAGUAUGUAAAAAGAAGGAAAAUAUUUGUGCACAUAAUGGCACUUGUUUAGCUUAUGAUUCUCGAUUUAACUUAGCUGAAUCAACUAUUUGUUCAUGUCCAGUAGGUUAUAGUGGUAAAAGUUGUCAUAUUGCAAAUAUAAAAGUUGAUAUAUCAUUUGGAGAAAUUACAAAUAUACCAUCUGUUAUAUUAAUACAUUCUAUUCAUACACAUCAUGUUAAAGAUCCUACUCGUAAAACAUAUUUUCAACGAAUAUCAUCACUUUAUCAGCGAACAUUUUCUGUAUAUUAUUCGCCAGACAAUUUCCCAAAACUUAUCUAUACUCAACUUGGCAAUGAAUAUUAUCUAGCUGCAUUGCUUACAAAAGCCAUUCAAAUACAUACGUUACUUUCUACCACAAUUAUAUCGUCUAAUCAAUGUUUUCAUGUCGAGCGAUUAUUAAAUUCUAAAAUUAUGUUGUUAGACAGAAUAAAUCGAGUUAAAUUUUAUCAUCAGAUCUGUAUACAAAAUUUAACAAAAUUAUGUUUUUAUGAUGAAACAUUCAUGUGUUUAUGUACAAAUGAUCGACAAGCUGAUUGUUUUACAUUCAACCAUAAUGUAUAUGGAUGUGAAAAUAGUGAUAAUUAUUGUGAAAAUAAUGGUCGAUGUAUACAAAAUGAAGAUUUUUGUCCAACAAAUUCAUUAUGUAUCUGUUCCGAAUGUUAUUACGGUGGUCUAUGUCAAUUUUCAACUACAGGCUAUGAUUUAACAUUAGAUGGAAUUAUUGGCUUACAUAUUCAACGUGAUGUCAGCAUACAGGAGCAAGCACCGUAA